GCUUGAUAUUCAAACCACAUUGCUACAACGCUGAAAAAGUGUAAAAAUUGGCUUGAAAAUCGAAAUUGUAUAGUUUUUUGCCAUGCUAUUUAUAUAUGGCCUCUAAAAACCAAUAUUAUAAUUGGAUGCUAAGUUAUAAUCAACAUACUGUCGACACAGAUAGAAUUGUGAGCAUUAACGCUUAAAGAAAGUAAACGAGAAUUUAAUAAGCCCUUAACAGCUUAAAUAGUUUGGGCUAUCCAUGACUCUAGAUGAAUGGGUUUAUUAUCUAAGUGAAGUAAUCGGUUCAAGAAGUGGGUUUGGAUAGUCUCAACAGAGACUCAAAAUGGGCCUGGAAGACCAAGAAAUUGUGGAAGAAGUGAAAGAAUGCUGCAAAGCCCGAGAUGUCUUAUGGUACCUGGUAUUCGUAGGAUUUGCAGUAAACUAUAUGAUCAGAAUAAACUUAAAUAUAGCGAUUGUUGCAAUGAUACAAGCCAAACCGAAAGAUAAUAUUUCCCUGACUAGCGAAUGUUUGGCAAUUGAACAGACCUUUAAUGCUACGCAAAGAUGGGACUCAAGUUUCCCAAUGAAUAAUUUGAGACUUACUACUGAACGGAUUUCAUCUUUUGCGCGUGAAAACUGGAGCACCGAAUUUGCAGCAACGGAGCCAUUUAGUUCUAUUACUUUUACGGCUUUAAAACAUCCAUUGUCUGAAAACCCAAAUGAAGCAAAGUUUGCAUGGAAUGAAAAGAUUCAAGGUUAUGUGCUUGGGAGUUUCUUUUGGCUGCAUUGGACAACCCAAAUACCAGGUGGCUUACUUGCCAGCAAAUAUGGUACCAAAAUGAUAUUUGGUUUAUCCAAUUUUGCCGGCGUUUUACUAUGUUUCCUCAUUCCAUAUUUUGCAAAAUUGGGGUCCACGGAACUGAUGGCGUUACGGCUAAUUCAAGGCAUAUUGUGUGGAUUUGCGUGGCCUUCUAUGCAUGAUAUGACUGCUAGAUGGAUACCCCCAAAUGAACGCAGCAAAUUUGUUACUUCAUAUUUAGGUAGUUCGGUGGGCGCAGCAAUUACAUACCCAAUAUGCGGCUUUAUUAUUCAUAAAUGGGGUUGGGAGUAUGUAUUUUAUGCAAGCAGUGCUUUUGGUACCGUGUGGUUCAUCGCGUGGUGGUCUUUGGUUCAUGACAGUCCUAGUCAGCACCCCAGAAUUUCGGAGCACGAGAAAAACUACAUUCUAAAAAGUUUAGGACAGAGCGUGGCCAAGAAAAGGGCUCCAGUCCCAUGGGCACAAAUAUUUCGAAACCGCACAGUUUGGAUGAACAUUUUGGCGCAAUGGGGCGGCCUAUGGGGGCUUUUCACUCUCAUGACACAAGCUCCGACCUAUUUUAAGUUUAUACAUGGCUGGAAUAUUAGAGCAACUGGUGUUUUAUCUGGACUUCCUCAUAUGUUGAGGAUGUUAUUUGCCUACAUCUUUUCCCAAAUUGGAGAUUACCUAAUGAGCACCAAUAAAAUGAGCAGGACCAAUGUUAGGAAGCUCGCCACAGCAAUUUGUUGUAUCGGUCAAGGAAUGUUUAUGCUCGCAUUGGCCUAUUCUGGAUGUAAUUCCAUGAUGGCCAUUAUAUCGUUAACAUUGGCAGUAGGAAUGCAUGGAUCCGUUUCAACAGGUCCACUAGCUAGUGUAGUGGACAUAAGCCCUAAUUAUGCAGCUGUUCUAUUGGGUUUGCUAAAUACUGCCGGAGCUAUUGGAGGAUUCCUGACACCUGCAGUUGUUGGAUAUCUUACCUAUCAAAAUCAAACAACUACUCAAUGGCAAAAGGUGUUCUGGAUUUCCACUCUGUGGCUCUUUUUUACUGGAAUACUUUAUGUGAUAUUUGCAAAAUCUGAGAUACAACCAUGGAAUUCCCCUGAGAAGAAGAAGCAACCCGAAGAAGAGAUGAUGGUGUUAAAAUCUCAGAAGGAUAUUGAAGAAAAUAAUAAGCACAAAGUAAUAGUAUAGUGUUGAAUGUUCCUAUUAGUAUUUAGAAUCCUAAAUAAAUUUUGUAAAUCUUAA